UGAGACAGAGAGAAAGUUAGAGGAUGUGAGCUGAUAUCUGAGUAGAGCUGGUGGUGUGUUGAGCUCACACACAACCACACACGUGUGAGUCUGGCCAAAAAGGAAAACAAACGUACUAUAGGUGGACAAAUAAUCGAUAAUCGAAAUCCCGAGUGUGGACCAUUAUUUUGAGUUGGAUGGUUGAGCCUGACAGUCUGAAGACAAACAUCCAGGACGAGGAGGAUCUACAGUCUGGACGUUAUUGGCUAAUGGGUCAUUGUGAUCUUUCAGCUGACAGGUGAGUGUAUGUGUCGGCCUGUAGAGCUCGAGCUUUUACCCAAACCCACAGAGAGCGAUUUCCCUCCUGUCUUGUGGCUCAAAAAUACUUCACUGUGAUUCAACAACACCGAAAUAGAGAAUCAGAAAGUCCCAGCACAGCAGAGAGGAGCGGAGGGUGACUGUGCAGAAACGUCAACAGCACUUUAAAGAACCAGAGCAUUCAGAUUGUUCUUCAGCGAGAAGACUGGAGUCUGCCGAACAGUCGGAGACGAGACACUGGGACAUUUUUAGAUUCAAGAGGAUUGAUUUAUUUGGAGAUGGAUGCAUUUUCCAGAACCAGAACAGUCUUGUGACAAAGUAAGGUUAAAGUAAUCAGGACUACUUUUAUGUGGUCGAUGUCAGGACACUGGACAACAUCACACGACUUGAGUUAACCGUUAGACUCCACAUCAUCCUUCACUGAGGAACAUCCUACCCCAACACUCACCAGAAGCCUCUCUGAGGCCUUGAAGGUCUCCACCUCUCAAAGGUCUCCUACACCAACCCAGUCAUGGAUCUGCAAGGAGGUCCAUACCUCAACAUGAAGGCCCUCUGCUCACCUCUGGGUGCUGCCCGCCUCUGCCAGUUAGCCAUGGGCUGUGCCGUGAUCGCCAUGGUGACCCACAGUGCCGGCUUCAGUGGCUCUCAUGGCGUGUUCUGCAUGGCAGCGUGGUGCUUCUGUUUCGCCAUGUCGGUGGUGGUGUUCUUCCUGGACGCCACUCGUCUCCACAGCUGCCUCCCCAUAUCCUGGGACAACCUGACGGUCACGUGUGCUGCCUUCGCAACGCUCAUGUACGUCACAGCCUCUGUGGUCUACCCACUGUUCUUUGUUCGGAUCGAGUGCCCGUACGCCGGCUGUCACGUCAGAGACUUCCGCAUCGCCGUCACCGUCUGCUCCAUCCUGUGCACUGUGGCCUACGGAGCUGAAGUGGCCUUGUGCCGAGCCAGGCCGGGCCAGGUUGUUGUGGGCUACAUGGCCACCGUCUCUGGCCUCCUCAAAGUGGUCCAGGGCUUUGUCGCCUGCAUCAUCUUCGGAGCUCUGGCUAACGGCAGCGAGUACUCCCACCACGCUGCCACAAUCUACUGCGUCGCCGUCUAUGUUCUCUGCUUCACUCUGACCACACUGAUGGUCAUCAUGACGGUGUGCGGGAGGACCAAAGCUGUGCGCUGCAUGUCCUUUGACCGCUUCGCAGUGGUGUGCACCCUCCUGGAAGUUCUGCUCUACCUGAGUGCGUCAGUGGUGUGGCCAGUAAUCUGCUUUGAUGCUAAAUACGGGUCGCCCUGGAGACCGUCGUCAUGUCCACAAGGGAGGUGUCCAUGGGACAGCAAGGUUGUGGUGGCCGUGUUUUCUUUCAUCAACUUUGGACUGUAUGUGGUGGACCUGAUCUACUCCCAGAGGACAAGAUUUGUCUCCUCAAAUACCCGCGCCAACCCGCGGGUGUAGCACUCGUCUUAGGCCCAUACCUAUAGUCAUGAUUUACUUUACACGUUGUGAUUUUGUACGUGCAUUUACUUGAUAUUUAAAAGUGGCUGAAGGGGGAGAAAUGGAUAUGAGGCCGAUGCCGCACAUGGUCGUCUAUUGAGGCACUCGGAUCCCCCAAAUUAAAUCUGGAAGUUCUGAGGAAUGUGAACAAUGAAUUUUACCCCUGAGUCUUCUGCCACACCCCAAUGAAGUGACACCUCAUCCCUCUGAUGACCUCUCCUGCCCUCUGAGAGAACGCUCAUCAUCCAAACAGCCAGGACUCACUGUCAUGUCGUACCAAACAAGACACGUUUCCUCUUCCGUCUUGACCUGUAGCAUAAACACACACACAUUAUCUACUAUUCAUCAUGUGUUUGUAUUCAAAUAAUACGUAAAAGUCGCAACUAUAUAUAGCACCUCUGAUUCUGGCAUGCGUGGCAUCCCUGUCAUCUAAAAACCGCACAGCAGUGAUCCACAGACAUUACCCCAGCUGCCAGGAAUACACAUGAGCUGCCUGCGCUCAUACUGAAGCUGUGAGACAACGCUCAGAAAAGGCCACUGCCUUUAUAAACUCUCUGAGAAAUAAAAACCUUUUUUAGUGACCAAGUGUAACCUCGGAAUGUUGGCCUAUUCUCACAGAAUGAUGACCUGGAUCAACGGGUCUAAUGGAAUAUUCACCUCCCAUUUUACACUGUCUGCUGGACGGCUGGAUGGUUUUUGCGUUAUCUACUCUUAAAAUAAACAAUAUUUAUAAUUUAUUAUAUGUAUUUUCCACAUUAUUAAUAGCUCACAUUGUUGUUUGUGAUGUGAAAUCUGUCUCUUGGUCACAUUAGAGAAUUAUAUUAAAGGCCUAGUGUGUAACAUUUACUGGCAGAAGUUAUGUUCAGAGGAAAACACCUACAAGGGGAAAAGCCUCCACAAAGGUUUUUAGUCAGGAAAUCACCAUCUGGACAUUUUUUGCUUAUUUUAACCAUAAAAGGACCAGAAAAUGGACCUGUAAGUAAGUGCUUUUGCCCAUUUUCCAGAAUAACGUUCAAUAUCUGGCAGUUAUUUACAAUUUACUACAUGUUAAAUUGUGUACUGACUAUUUAAAAUGAAGAAAUACCAAACGUUUAAUUUCGAAAAAAACACUGUAGUUGUACACGAACACCAGCUGUUAAACUUGAAAUUUAAACAGUAGAAAACAUAUUUAAAAUAACAUUUGUUUGAGUCUUUGUCUCAAUGUCUAAAAAGGGGUCGGAAAAUGCAAACUAUGUACAGAAGUUUUUUCCAACUCUCUCCACUCAAAGAUGCUGAUUUACCGGCUUCCUGCAACAGCGGGGGUGAAAUCACUGUAAUAACCCCACGUUACACAGCUUUCAGAAACCGUUGGAAUUAAAUACACUACUGACAGGUACAGUAUGUCUGUAUACGUGUAUAAUUGUUUCAUAAUUUUAAAUAUGUUUUUUUAUAUAUAUGUAAUGAAGGUAAAGGGCUUGCUCUGUGAAGGGUACCAUGUUGAGGUGUCACCUUGCACAUGAUGGUGAAUGGCAGCACAGAGAGAGAGAGUGAGUGACAGAGUAGAGAGAGUUGUGCAAGAACAUUAUCAUUUCUGAUGUACACACACACACACACACACACACUAUUUUUAUAUAUAUAUUAUAGUGUAUAAUAUUUUUUCAGCUGUGCAGAAACUUUACUCUGGAACUCUUAUCCGCCGAGUCAAACUCACAUUUACAAAAUCCCUUUUUCUUUUACUGUGGGGACCUCUUGAUCCCAGUGUUGUUCAGGUGGUUUAUGCAUAAUAUGCAUGUUGUGUGAUGACACCAGUGGAGCUUCAGAUACAUAAUUCAUGGUCACUUUCAUCACUGUGCAAAUUCACUGACGUUAUUUUACAUUUUAAAGACGAGAAUAGUUGACAAACUUGAGAAAUGACUGGGGCUGGUGACACUCGAAUGAAUUAAGUUCAUCGUAGACUUUAUAUCAAGACAAAAACUCUAUAUGGGAAGACAGUUUCAUAUCAUUUGAAGUCACAGAAUAGACCGUUUUUCUUUUAUUUUUGUUCAUAAAACAUAAAACUUUGAACAGUGACGUGUUUCCAAAUUUCACAAAUUCAAUCCAAUUUUUUUUUAAAUGUAGUACUUUUUUCUAUAUUGCACAUUCUUAUGGCCUCUGUAUAUAUAUGUUUUUAACAUAGUAAUAUGUUAAAGUAAGGGUUAAAGUGUGUAGUCAGUGCAUGUGCAACAUUUAAUUUGCACCUCUGAGGGUGAACCUGAGAUAAGAGGAGAUGUGAUCCACUCAGUCUGUCUUUGUUUAUUUGCCCUAGACUUUUCAUUUCAUUUCUGCCCCAAACCGCCUCUCUCUCCUGUUCCUCUCCAUCCUUCACUCCUCUCCCCGCUUUGAUCUUUGGUCAUCUCUCUAAUCCAGGAUCAAUGUGUUCGCCUGUCACAUCUGAGAGCAGCCACAAACGUAUUAUAUUAAGUCCCCGGGAAACCGCUGUGGCACAGCAACCUGUCUCAGGGCUCAACAACAAAUCCAACACCAGUUGGUUCCUCUUGUAUCCAAAUCUGUUUUAAGACCACAGAAAACAUCACUGCGUGAUUUCAACAAUUUUUGUAACUGUGAUGUAUUUCGUUUUUUGCAGUAAUAAAUAACUUUGUUUUGCCACAGAAG